AUGUUGCGUCUCGCGGCCAAGCUGGUGGCCUUCUUCUGGAGGAGGGCGGACCGUCCCGAGAACGCGGCGGGGCCGCCGGGGCCCGAGCUCGCGGAAGGUGACACCAAGUUGAAAACCGUCCAGGGUGUCGUGACAAGGUACUGCAGCGAUUAUGGCAUGAUCGAUGACUUGAUCUACUUCUCCAGUGAGGCUGUGACUAGCAAAGUUCUUCUAAACGUUGGACAGGAAGUUAUUGCGGUUGUGGAAGAAAAUAAAGUGUCGAAUGGACUGAAAGCGAUCCGGGUAGAAGCUGUCUCGGAUAAAUGGGAAGAUGACAGCAAAAACCACAGCCCAGGGCUGUCCGACUCCAGCCCCCGGGUGCUGAUUGGAUGCGUGACCUCACUGAGGAAUGGCGCUGGCUACAUCAGCCAGACCACAUACUUCUCCCGGGAGAGCGUUUGUGAAGGUUUUGAGCCCUGCAAGGGAGACUGGGUGGAGGCCGAGUACUGGAUCCGGCCGGGCACAUGGAGCAGCGAGGCCGUAUCGGUGAAGCCGCUGAGGUACAAGCGCGUGGACAGGGUCUGCGUGUCCAGCCUCUGUGGAAGAAAUGGGGUGAUCGACGACUGCAUCUUUUUCACCUUGGACUCCCUAAAACUUCCAGAAGGAUAUGUGCCUCGGAGACACGACUUGGUCAGUGCAGUGGUGGUGGAGAGCAGCCAGUCGUGCUACGUGUGGCGGGCGCUGUGCCUGACCCCUGUGCACAGGCGGGACUUCUCCGCCCCCGAGGAGGCCGCCGGGGAGGCCUGUGGAGCCCUCUUAAAAAACAAAGGUGACGUCGAGGUCACAAGGAUGACAAAUUUUGGAACAAUGAAAGAAGGAGGAUGUAAAAGUAUGGUAAUCUGUAUAGAGAAUAAAGGAGACGUCCCUCAGUACUUAGUCUGUUGCAAACUGGCUGGCUGGGACAAAGCUAAACAGUUCAGAUUUCAGAUGCUGGAUAAAACUCAGAGGUGCUCCAUGGUGUCUCUUGUUUCUCUUCCUGAGGAGGAGAAGAACUUUUCAGAUGAAACUAUUAACUCAUUAGACAGCUGCAGAAAAACCGACACCUGUCAGACAUUGGAGAGCAGCCUGGGGAACAGCAGAGCAGUCUCUCCAGAUGACUGUGUCUGUAAAGGAGGAAGCGGAGAAAAGGAAAAGUGUGCAUCAAGGAAACAGGUGACAGAGCCUGAGCCCGGCAGGCUCAUCCCUCCAGGCGGACAAACCCUGGUUGUGAUCAUAUGUGAAGCGAAGAACUCCGGCCGCUGCAAGGAGCUCCUUCUGCUUUGCUUCUCAAAUUUCAUAAUCGGGCGAUUCCUUGAAGUGACCGUCGUGAGUGAGGAGGAGUCAUUGAUAGCGGUCCGAGAACCGUUUUCAUGGAAAAAGUCAAAAAGUUCCCAAGCAUUAGCUUCUACAAAAACUACAGUUGUUGUGACCACGCAGAAAAGGAACUCAAGACGACAGCUUCCAAGUUUUCUCCCACAGUAUCCUAUUCCAGACAGACUGAAAAGGUGUGUGGAACAGAAAAUCGACAUCCUGACCUUCCAGCCACUGCUGGCUGAGCUUUUGAACAUGUCCAACUACAAGGAGAAGUUUUCGGCUUUGCUGUGGCUGGAGGAGAUCCACGCGGAGACGGAGCUGAAAGAGUACAACGUGACUGGGGUCACCCUGAGGAGGAACGGGGACCUCCUGGUUCUGGAGGUCCCCGGGCUGGCCGAGGGCAGGCCCUCCCUGUACGCAGGUGACAAACUGAUUUUAAAAACUCAAGAGUACAACGGACACAUCAUCGAGUACAUUGGCUACGUGAUGGAGAUUCAUGAAGAAGAUGUAACUCUUAAAUUUAAUCCAGAAUUUGAACAAGCAUAUAACUUUGAGCCUAUGGACGUGGAAUUUACGUAUAACAGGACCACCAGCAGACGGUGCCACUUUGCACUUGAACAAGCCAUCCACUUGGGAGUAAAAGUGUUGUUUCCGGAAGAAAUCAUUUUGCAGUCUCCCCAAGUUAUGUGGGAUUGGAACCAUGCACAGGACACCCAGACCGACGGCCCACCCGCCUCCAAGGGUAGGAAAGCCAUGAGGGACCAAGCUCAGGUCGGAGUUGAGGAGCGGCAGGCCGGUACUGUGGAGGCAAGUGGUCUGGUUGGCAAGACCCCAAAAGCCAGAGAGAAGGAGUUUUUCAAUUUGAUGCUCAACGAAAACCAGAAGUUAGCAGUGAGGAGGAUUCUGAGUGGUGACUGCCGCCCACUCCCGUACGUUCUCUUUGGGCCUCCUGGAACCGGGAAGACAGUGACGAUAAUAGAGGCUGUUUUACAGGUGUUCUACGCUUUGCCGGACAGUCGGACCCUGGUGUGCGCACCCUCCAACAGCGCUGCCGACCUGGUGUGUCUGCGUCUGCACAAGAGCCAGGCGCUGCGGCCUGGAGCCAUGGUCCGCAUGAACGCCACCUGCCGGUUCGAGGAGACCAUCACGGAGGCCAUCAAGCCUUACUGCCGCGAUGGGGAGGACGUCUGGAGGGCCUCGCGCUUCAGGGUCGUCAUCACCACGUGCAGCAGUGCGGGGCUCUUCUACCAGAUAGGGCUGAGGGUCGGACACUUCACACAUGUGUUCGUGGACGAAGCGGGGCAGGCAAGCGAGCCGGAGUGCCUGAUCCCCCUGGGGCUGGUCUCGGACGUCACCGGCCAGAUCGUCCUUGCCGGAGACCCCAUGCAGCUUGGGCCAGUCAUCAAGUCCAGACUGGCCAUGGCCUACGGGCUGAGUGUCUCCAUGCUGGAGAGACUAAUGUCCCGACCGGCCUAUAUGCGAGACGAAGACGCUUUUGGGGCCUGUGGCGCCUACAACCCCUUGUUGGUGACAAAGCUCGUGAAGAACUAUCGGUCCCACUCGGUGCUGCUGGCCCUGCCGUCCAGGCUCUUCUACCACCGGGAGCUCGAAGUCUGCGCGGACCCCACAGUGGUGACGUCUUUGCUGGGCUGGGAGAAGUUACCGCGGAAGGGCUUCCCUCUUGUCUUCCACGGAGUGAGGGGCAGCGAAGCUCGGGAAGGGAGGAGCCCGUCCUGGUUCAACCCCGCUGAGGCCGUGCAGGCCAUGCGCUACUGCUGCCUACUGGCCCGCAGUGUCUCCAGCCAGGUGUCUGCCGGCGACAUUGGGGUCAUCACGCCCUACCGGAAGCAGGUGGAGAAAAUCAAAGUUCUUUUGCGAAAUGUUGAUCUGACAGAUAUAAAGGUUGGAUCUGUGGAGGAGUUUCAGGGGCAAGAAUAUCUGGUUAUCAUCAUCUCAACUGUAGGUAUUUCUGCCCCGUGGGGCACUGUCUGCGCCAGGCUGCCUGGCGUGCUGGGCCCUCUGUUGCCCUCGGUGACACAGAGCAGGGGAGACCCAGGCGGCGCCUCAAGCAGCUAACUGUUGGGUGUUCUUAAAAAAAAAAAAAAAAAGAUCAGACAAAAAAGUAAAGAAACCCAUGAGGCAGUAGUGAAUGAUGGGAGGAGGGAGGGGACCUUGCAGUGGGGUGUGGCUGGGAGAGGGGCAGACUCUGGAAAGUCCAUUCUUUUAUAAAUGACUUUUAUCAAAAGGUAAACAUUAACCGCAGACAGGUUAGGAAAUUGAGAUGGGAAAGAACGCAGCGUGGCUAAGACCCCACGCCCAGCUCAGCUCCCAGUGCUGGAGGCUCUGCUUGAGUGUAGUGAGGCCCACACCCUGCCCCCGCUGCUUUUCUCUCUUUUUAGCCAAAAUGGGGUCACAUGUCACAUUUCUAAAUGUUUGUAUAUAUCGAGUUUCUUUCCAUGCCAAAAAAUUUAAAACACUGUUUUUAUUAAUCUUUGUGUGUUUCAGGUACGGUCAAAUGAAGAUAGCUUUGAAGAUGAUAGAUAUUUUUUGGGAUUCUUGUCCAACUCAAAAAGAUUUAAUGUUGCAAUCACCAGACCCAAAGCCUUGCUGAUUGUGCUGGGAAACCCUCACGUUCUUGUCAGAGAUCCCUGUUUCGGCGCCCUGCUGGAAUACAGCAUCACAAAUGGUGUCUACACGGGGUGCAACCUGCCACCGGAGCUGCAGUCCCUGCAGAAGUGAGCCCUUCCGUCUCCCUAAAGGGUAGAUAGACUCUGGUCCUGCUUCCCAGGCCCACCGUCGGCCUUGCAGGGCGGAGCAGGGUCUGGCCUCAUGGGCUGCGGCGGCCACUCUCUGUCCAGAUGACAUCUGGGGUCAGCGUCUCCCCUGCCCACACAGCUUCACAAGUAACUCUGGUGCCCCUCGGACCACGCUGGGGUGGGGGGCCGGCCCCAGCCCCACUGCGGUGCUCGCCAUGGGGAGCCCUAUUCACCAGCCCCUGGCCUUCCUGCGUCUGCAGCCGUGUGAGCCCCCCCCCCCAAACCAGAGCCAGUCCCUGAGGGGCCGGACAGGACAGCCUGUAAAGGAGGGCCCGUGGCUGUGCCCCUCCCCCCCAGGGACCGCCGUCUGUGCUGCGGCCCCUGCUGCGCGCCUUGUCCCACAGCCUUGGCCACGAGUGUGGGGCCCCAAGCCUGCCACCUGCUCAUGCUGCUGUCAGCCCUGCGUGCCAGCCAGCGCCUGCCCCUGGGCAGCUACUCCAUCACCGAAAUAAACC